CCAAUUUCUCCCAGAGGAACCUACCACUGUGCCAGUAACAGGCAUCUCAUUACAUAUCCCGCGUUGAGCACUGAACAGAACACGAAUAAGCCCUGUCGCUGUCAAAAAAGAGCAAAAAUGAAAGCCUAUUGGUACGACAACCAGCCGGGUGACCAGCGCGAAGACCAUGACUCCGGCCGUGAAGUCUCAGAAUCCUACCUGGCCUCCCUAGGCGUCCUGUAUCGACACAUCCCGACCAUCGACGAAGUCAAUGUUCUGGCCAAGGAGCGCGAUUAUAAGAACCGUGACCAGAUUGUCGUUUCGCCGCAAAGCAUGGGUAACGUGUACGAGGAGAAGGUCAAGUCGUUCUUCCACGAGCAUCUCCAUGAGGAUGAAGAGAUCCGGUACGUCGUUGACGGGGAGGGUUUCUUUGAUGUGCGUGGUAAGGAAGAUGAGUGGGUUCGUAUUAGGGUUGCGAAGGAGGAUUUGAUUAUCAUCCCUGCUGGUAUCUAUCAUCGUUUCACGACUGAUACUAAGAAUUAUAUCAAAGCUGUGCGUCUCUUCAAAGAUGAGCCCAAGUGGACACCUUUGAACCGUGGUGCUGAGGUUGAUCUUAACCCUCAUCGUAAGGAUUAUCUGAAAACCCACGGUGGUUCAGCUGUGGCUGCAAACUAAGGGGCCCCCUGCCCUUUCUUUCUCGACGUCAUGGAGCUCAUAGAAGUGAAUUAUGAUCUUUUUGGAUUUAUAGGACCACGAUACCGAUUCCCUGUUUGUUUUGCGUUUAUUUAUACGCCUUGUGAUAUGCCAUUUUUUUUUUUUGUAGAUGAAGACGUCUUCCCAAAUGAACAUCAUACGUCCAAGU